AAUGAAGCCACCAGCUUCAUCGAUCCCGCCACUCGAUAUUGCAAUCUGCAAUCAUCAGCAAUCAAAAAGAUCCCAUUCAAGAACAAUUGAACAGAAUUAUUUGAAAUCCACCAAAUUCGAUCAAAUUAUUCCUGUACUUUCCCACAAAUUCAUCUAAGAUUACUUGAAAUUAACCGAAUUUCCUCUCUCUUCUCUCUCGCUCCUUCAUGGACUCGAAGCAUUUUGAAAUUUGAGAGAGAACUUUCUUUCUGUUUCCUACGUUUUCAACUUUUGUUAUGGGUUUUCGGUACCUUAUGGUGAGAAGAGGAGGAGCAAUUGGAUCGUGGCUCUGUAUCGUUGUGGUUUUAAUUUCUGCGCAAAUUCAUGUCACAGCCAGAUCGGAUAAGGAAAUUAGGGAGAGAUUUUAUGGAAACUUGAUAAACUCGACGGCUCCGACUUCUGGUGACGGUAGCAUUGCCCAAAUGUUCGAUAAGGUUCUUGAGAAGGAGUUCUCUGAAAAUGAUCUGCCUGAAGGUUCUGGUGGAAGCAGCUUUAAUAGCAGUGUUGCUGAUCAGGAGGCAGAACUGGAGACGGUAGCUAAAAUCACACAUGAGAAGGGCAAGAAAAAUGAUAGUCAAAAGGCAAAUGGGACAAGAGCAUUCCAAUUUCAGGAUGUUUUUUCUCUGGAAAAUGAAGAAUCUGAUGAUGUUACAACGUUGAUUGAUAAAAAAGACAAUGUGUUUGUGAUGUCAAACAAGAAGUCAAAGUAUCCAGUACUUCAAGUAGAUUUGAGAUUGAUCUCAGACUUGGUGGUGGUUAUUGUUUCUGCCGCAAUUGGAGGAAUUAUCUUUUCUUGUUUAGGGCAACCUGUUAUUGUGGGCUAUCUUCUUGCGGGAUCAAUCAUUGGACCGGGAGGUCUAAAAUUCAUCAAUGAAAUGGUGCAGGUUGAGACAGUGGCACAAUUUGGUGUUGUAUUUCUUCUUUUUGCUUUAGGACUGGAGUUUUCUUUGACAAAGUUAAAAGUUGUGGGAGCUGUGGCUGUUUUUGGAGGUUUUCUACAGAUCAUCAUAUUUAUGUUCUUGUGUGGUAUCAUUGCCAUGUUAAGUGGAGCUAAAUUGUCCGAGGGUGUAUUUGUUGGUUCAUUUCUAUCAAUGUCAUCUACAGCAGUGGUGGUGAAAUUCUUGGUAGAACGGAAUAGCAGUAAUACUCUUCAUGGUCAAGUUACUAUUGGAACACUCAUCUUACAGGAUUGUGCCGUUGGUUUGUUAUUUGCCUUGCUCCCAGUUUUGGGUGGUCACAAUGGUCUUAUCUUAGGAAUGAUAUCUAUGGGAAAGUUGCUACUGGUGUUGUCAGUAUAUCUCACAGCCGCAUCUAUUUUGUCAUGGUCAUUUGUUCCCCGCUUUCUUAAGUUGAUGAUGCAGCUGUCGUCUCAAACAAAUGAGUUGUAUCAGCUUGCUGCUGUGGCAUUUUGUUUGCUGUCUGCUUGGUGCAGUGAUAAGCUGGGCCUCAGUCUUGAGUUGGGUUCCUUUGUAGCUGGAGUUAUGAUAUCUACCACCGACUUCGGUCAACAUACUUUAGAUCAGGUGGAACCAAUCCGCAAUUUGUUUGCAGCUUUGUUCCUUUCAAGUAUUGGAAUGCUCAUUCAUGUACAUUUUCUGUGGAGUCAUUUGGACAUUUUGCUAGCAUCUGUAAUGCUGGUUGUGUUUGUCAAGACAGCAGUUGCUAUGGUUGUUGCAAAGGCAUUUGGAUACAGUAUUAGGACUUCUUUCCAGGUUGGGAUCAUGCUUGCUCAAAUUGGAGAAUUUGCUUUUGUUCUCCUAAGUCGUGCUUCAAAUCUUCAUCUCAUUGGGGGGAAAGUUUAUCUGCUUCUUCUUGGAACAACGGCACUUAGUCUGGUGACCACCCCUCUUCUGUUCAAAUUGAUUCCUGCCGUGUUAAAUUUAGGGGUUCUCAUGCAUUGGUUCCCCUCUGAAAACAACAUACAAAAUGAGGAGAAAGCAUCAAUGAUUGAAGCACAUAACAGAAUGUUGUGACUCAACAUUAAACGUAGUAUAGUCAACUUACCUCCUGUGAAAGAUUUGUGAAUAUCAGAGCCGAUUUCUCAGCCUUAAUCGAUUUUGGUUUCGGAGAUUCUUUUCUAGGUUGCUUUAGUUUCACCAUUGGUUCAGCUAGGUUAAUGUACAGAAAAGUACAUAUAAUUUUUUGGGAGUGAAAACGGAAAAUAGAGUUCUCUGAUAGCUGUAAAUAGGAAACAUUAAUUAUAGGAUUCUCAAAUGUCUUUUUGAGGGGUUAAAUUUGAAUAUCCCAAGCUGAACAGUAUGCUCACUAUUGAAAACUGUGACCAGUUACGGUAGUACAUGGAUUCUGAUUCAUAUUUUAUGUUUAAUCCUUCCCAGAUCAGGAAA